AGAAGUGAGAGAGUCUUGCGGUAUAAGCGUAACAAAGAGGAUUACAUAGAAAAAGAAUCUAACAAUAUAGAAGUUGUUAAAGCAAAGCCAGCUGAGGAGAUUCAGUUGGAGUUUGGAGGUGCAAUAGGUACCUUUUUUAUGACCCUGUCUUUGCUUCCAUUGUUGUACUAUUUGCUGUACCAGUGUACUCAGGAGAAUGUGUCGCUCCUCAGUUUCUACCCUCACUGGUCACUCACUGACUUGUGGAAUCCUACAGUUUUUGGAUAUUUUACUUUGUGGGUGCUCCUUACUGCAUUAUUCUACCUGCUCCCCAUUGGCAAGAUUGCCUAUGGUGUACCCCUUCCAAAUGGGAAAAGACUGAAAUACAGACUACAUGGACUCCAUAGUUUGCUCCUGGUUGCUGUGGUGGUAGCAGCACUUUUGUACAAUCGGGUCAAUCUGCUUUACGUAUAUAAACACCUCCACCAAUUUGCAGCUGCAGCUACUUUAUUCUCUGUCGUCAUAAGUGUUUAUGCAUUUGCACAUUCGUAUAGAGCCCCAAAAGAAGAUCUUUCUGUGGCUGGGAAAUCUGGGAAUUUCAUCUAUGGUUUUUUCAUGGGCCGAGAACGAAACCCUCACAUUGGGAUUUUUGACAUCAAGUAUUUUACUGCCAUUCAACCUACAUUUAUUGGUUGGGUUUUACUCAACUUUAUAAUGCUUUUGGCUGAAAUGGAUGUCCAGAAACACGACAAGCCUUCAGUAUCUAUGAUCCUGGUAAACAGCUUUCAGCUGUUGUAUGCCCUUCAUGCUCUUUGGUAUCAGGAGGGUAUCCUAACCUCUUUGGAUGUUGCUUAUGAUGGUUUCGGCUUUAUGUUGGCAUUUGGAGGCCUUGUAUGGGUUCCAUUCACAUACUCCCUGCAAGCAUUGUAUCUGGUCAAGCAUUCAGUGGAUAUUUGCUGUGCAACUGUUGCAGCUGCUAUUACUUUGAACACUCUUGGAUACUUUCUUUUUCAACGUGCCAACAGACAGAAGUUUGCCUUCAGGAAAAAUCCAGAUAACCCUAAGCUUUCACAUCUGAAAACCAUCCCAACUUCAGCUGGCAGUAAGCUGAUUGUGUCUGGGCUUUGGGGAUGGGUCCGACACCCAAACUACUUGGGUGAUAUCAUAAUGGCCUGGGCCUGGUGUUUACCUUGUGGUUUCACCAGCAUUUUGCCAUACUUCUACGGCUUCUUCCUUACUGCCCUUCUCAUCCAUCGAGUGAUCAGAGUGGAACAGCAGUGUAAAAUAAAAUAUGGCCCUGGACUGGCAGAAGUAUUGUCAGCACGUCCCGUAUCGCCUAUUCCCUUACAUUUACUAGCAGAGCAACUAUCGAUUGGAAUUGUCACCAUCUUUGGAUUUUAUUCAUAUUUGGUGACAAGUGAAAUCUGGUUUGGCCAUGCAGGCUAUUGUAAAUGUUUGCGAUUUUGUAUAUAA